UUGUGGUGCGGUGGUUUCUCCAGGACUGUAGUUGUGUUUGUCGUGUUCUUCUCAGGGAGGUGGACUGGUUCUCCCUGAUUUCCGUGAUCAGCCUCCUGUGCUUCGCCCCCUUCAUCGUCUUCUUCUUUGUGAUGGCCUGUGAUCAGUACCAGUGCUCCGUCACCCAGCCGCUCUUUGACCUGGUCCAGGGAAAGACCACGCUGCUCUCCAUCUGGGCCCGCGCUCCCUCCUUCACCUGGUCAGCUGCCAAGAUCUACGCCGUCUGGGUGACCUUCCAGGUGUUCCUGUACAUGUGUGUACCUGAUGUUGUCCAUAAGGUGAUUCCUGGCUACGCAGGUGGAGUUCAGGAUGGAGCACGAACUCCUGCUGGUCUGAUCAACAAGUAUGAGAUCAACGGGCUGCAGAGCUGGAUCAUCACUCACGUCCUGUGGGCAGUGAACGCUCACUCUCUCCACUGGUUUCCUCCCACCAUCAUCUUUGAUCACUGGAUUCCUCUGAUGUGGUGUGCUAACAUCCUGGGCUACACUGUGUCCACCUUUGCUUUCAUUAAGGCUCAUCAUUUCCCCACCAACGCCGAGGACUGUAAGUUCACAGGAAACAUCUUCUACAACUUCAUGAUGGGCAUCGAGUUCAACCCACGCAUCGGGAAGUGGUUCGACUUCAAGCUGUUCUUCAACGGCCGACCCGGCAUCGUGGCCUGGACCCUCAUCAAUCUGUCCUACAUGGCCAAGCAGCAAGAACUGUACGGACAAGUCAGCAACUCCAUGAUCCUGGUCAACGUCCUGCAGGCCCUGUACGUCCUGGACUUCUUCUGGAACGAAGCCUGGUACCUGAAGACCAUCGACAUCUGUCAUGACCACUUCGGCUGGUACCUGGGCUGGGGAGACUGUGUGUGGCUGCCGUACCUGUACACACUGCAGGGUCUGUACCUGGUGUAUCACCCGGUCCAGCUCACUAACAUCCAGGCUCUGGCCGUCCUGUCGCUCGGCCUCGCCGGUUAUUACAUCUUCCGCUCCACCAACCGCCAGAAGGACUUGUUCCGCCGCACGGAGGGCGCCUGCUCCAUCUGGGGCCGCAAGCCGACAUACAUCGAGUGCUCGUACCGCUCCAGUGACGGCGGCGUCCACCGCAGCAAACUCAUGACGUCGGGCUUCUGGGGCGUCGCCCGACACUUCAACUACACCGGCGACCUGAUGGGGUCCCUGGCCUACUGCGCCGCCUGCGGCUUUGGACACGUGCUGCCGUACUUCUACAUCGUCUACAUGACCAUCCUGCUGGUGCACCGCUGCGUGCGCGACGAACACCGCUGCAGCAGCAAGUACGGCAAAGACUGGACACGCUACACAGACGCUGUUCCGUACCGGCUCAUCCCUGGACUGUUCUGAGACCGGACUCUGGAGGAACCCGCACCACGUCCUUCCAUAACCACAGAUCUACAGAAUCAGCAGUUGAUUUCUCUGCCUCGGCUCAGGCAUUUUAAAUAGAAACCACUUUCUUUGUGACGUAAAUCACAGCGUCCUGAAGGCGACGACGCGACGCUGUGACAUUCCAACGAUGAUUCCAACAUUUCAUCCUCACUUUGACGCAAUGUCUUUGCUUUCAUAAAAAUGUCCUCAAAAUAAAUCAAUUCUUUGCUAAAACAGAAUGUCCUCACUGUGAAAAAGGCGAAAAUGCACAUGAAAUCAGUCAAUAUGGACUUUUGUUCAGUACAAAGAAGCAUUUUUGUGGAAUUCACCUUUAAAACAAAAAAGUCGACUUUUAAAUGUUUCUUCUCAUGUUAAACUGUGAGAAAGUCUUGAAGAAUGAAUGAAUGAAUGAAUGGUAUUGAAAGUUGAAUUCAACGAAUAGUGUUGAAAAGUUGGUGAACAUUUUGAAACUUGAAUGAGUGAACGUAUGAAUGAGUUAGGAGUUAAAAAAAUGUCUUCACUUAUUCCCAUGGGAAAAAAAAUCACAGAAAAAGUUAUAGGUUAGUUUUUUUAUUCAGAGAUAACUGAAUAUGUCCGAUUGAUUCCUUGUUGAGUUGAACGUGUUGAAGUCUGAAGUUUGAAUAUGUUGCAAACUGUUGAAAAGGAGUUACGUGUCAAAUAAUAAUUAAGUUUAAAGAACCGGUAGAAGAUUAUUAAUAAUCCCACAAAUAAUCUGGAGGAAGAACCUGGGUUCUACCCUUAAAAAACGGGCAAUUCGUGUGACAGUUAGGACACGCCCACAGUGCCGUGCUGCACUACCUGAUCUGAACACUGAGAACAGCCUUCAUAACAGGAAGUAGCCGCACUAUCACACGUGUGGAGAAGGUAAAAAUUAAAGCUUUAACUAAGAACUUAUAUACAUUUUAUUGCUGGAUGUAUAAA